CCUGAAACGGAGCCAGGGGCGCAGAAGCAGGGAGAGACGCCCCUCUAUUCAGGCAUCUAUGGUACACCCCAGACCCAGCCCUCUAAGGCCCCGCGCUUCCGAGCUCCGCGCAAACUCUAGUUCUUUUUGCAAGACGGAGGUGGUUUGCUCUUCCGUUGCCCUGUGGCUUCGGCUUAUCUCCAGAAGGAAGGCGAAGCUUCCGCCCAGCACUGGGGGGGGCGGAUCAGCGUGCUGAAGGGGCGUGUUGACGGGGUAUCACGAAGUCUGCCUCACAAACUAGAGUUUAUUGAUAAUCCAUACAAUAAUCUGUGAAGAUGUCCAGCUCGCCGCUGUCCAAGAAACGUCGCGUGUCCGGGCCUGAUCCAAAGCCGGGUUCUAACUGCUCCCCUGCCCAGUCUGUGCUGUCCGAAGUGCCCUCAGUGCCAACCAACGGAAUGGCAAAGCACGGCAGUGAAGCAGACAUAGAUGAGGGCCUUUACUCUCGGCAGCUGUACGUUUUGGGCCAUGAGGCGAUGAAGAGGCUCCAGACAUCCAGCGUCCUUGUCUCAGGAUUGCGGGGCUUAGGUGUGGAAAUUGCUAAGAACAUCAUCCUUGGUGGGGUCAAGGCUGUCACCCUACACGACCAAGGCACUACCCAGUGGGCUGAUCUCUCCUCCCAGUUUUACCUUCGAGAGGAGGACAUCGGUAAAAAUCGGGCUGAGGUAUCUCAGCCCCGACUUGCUGAACUCAACAGCUAUGUGCCUGUCACUGCCUACACUGGGCCUCUUGUUGAGGACUUCCUUAGUGGCUUCCAGGUGGUGGUCCUUACCAACAGCCCCCUGGAAGACCAACUGCGAGUGGGUGAGUUCUGUCAUAGCCAUGGCAUCAAGCUAGUGGUGGCAGAUACACGAGGCUUAUUUGGGCAACUUUUCUGUGACUUUGGAGAGGAAAUGGUUCUCACAGAUUCCAAUGGGGAGCAGCCACUCACUGCUAUGGUUUCAAUGGUCACCAAGGACAAUCCCGGUGUGGUUACCUGCCUUGAUGAGGCCCGACAUGGAUUUGAAAGUGGUGACUUUGUCUCAUUCUCAGAAGUACAGGGCAUGAUCCAACUCAAUGGAUGUCAGCCCAUAGAGAUCAAAGUGCUGGGUCCUUAUACCUUUAGUAUCUGUGACACCUCCAACUUCUCUGACUACAUCCGUGGAGGCAUCGUCAGUCAGGUCAAAGUCCCUAAAAAGAUUAGCUUUAAAUCCUUGCCAGCAUCACUGGCAGAACCUGACUUUGUGAUGACUGACUUUGCCAAGUAUUCUCGCCCUGCCCAACUGCACAUUGGCUUCCAAGCUCUGCACCAAUUCUGUGCUCAGCACAACCGACCACCUCGACCACGAAAUGAGGAAGAUGCAGCAGAGCUGGCGGCCCUAGCUCAGGCUGUGAAUGCUCAGUCCCCGCCUGCAGUGCAGCGGGACAACCUGGAUGAAGACCUUAUACGGAAGCUAGCUUAUGUUGCUGCUGGGGACCUGGCACCUGUAAAUGCUUUCAUUGGGGGCCUGGCUGCCCAGGAAGUCAUGAAGGCCUGCUCUGGGAAGUUUAUGCCCAUCAUGCAAUGGUUGUACUUUGAUGCUCUUGAAUGUCUGCCAGAGGACAAAGAGGCUCUUACAGAGGAUAAGUGCCUCCCACGUCAGAACCGUUAUGAUGGACAGGUAGCUGUAUUUGGCUCAGACCUUCAAGAGAAGCUGGGCAAGCAAAAGUACUUCCUGGUGGGUGCAGGGGCCAUUGGCUGUGAAUUGCUCAAGAACUUUGCCAUGAUUGGGCUAGGCUGUGGAGAGGGUGGAGAGGUCGUUGUCACAGACAUGGACACCAUUGAGAAAUCAAAUCUGAACCGACAGUUUCUUUUCCGGCCCUGGGACGUCACGAAGUUAAAGUCUGACACAGCCGCUGCAGCUGUGCGCCAGAUGAAUCCUUACAUCCAGGUGACAAGCCACCAGAACCGUGUAGGUGCUGACACAGAGCGCAUCUAUGAUGAUGAUUUUUUCCAAAACUUGGACGGUGUGGCCAAUGCCCUGGAUAAUGUAGAUGCUCGCAUGUACAUGGAUCGCCGCUGUGUGUACUAUCGAAAGCCACUGCUGGAGUCUGGCACAUUGGGCACGAAGGGCAACGUACAGGUGGUGAUCCCCUUCCUGACAGAAUCAUACAGCUCUAGCCAGGAUCCACCAGAGAAAUCCAUCCCCAUCUGCACCCUGAAAAAUUUUCCCAAUGCCAUUGAACAUACUCUGCAGUGGGCCCGGGAUGAAUUUGAAGGCCUUUUCAAGCAGCCAGCAGAAAAUGUUAAUCAGUACCUCACAGACCCUAAGUUUGUGGAACGGACCUUGCGGCUGGCUGGUACCCAGCCAUUGGAAGUGCUGGAGGCUGUGCAGCGCAGCCUGGUGCUGCAGCGACCACAGACUUGGGGUGACUGCGUGGCCUGGGCCUGCCACCACUGGCACACCCAGUACUGUAACAACAUCCGACAACUGCUGCACAACUUUCCUCCAGACCAGCUCACUAGCUCAGGGGCCCCAUUCUGGUCUGGACCCAAACGUUGUCCACAUCCACUUACUUUUGAUGUUAACAAUACACUGCAUCUGGAUUAUGUGAUGGCUGCUGCCAAUCUUUUUGCCCAGACCUAUGGGUUGACUGGCUCUCAAGACCGAGCUGCUGUGGCCUCACUCCUGCAGUCAGUACAAGUUCCAGAGUUCACCCCCAAGUCUGGUGUCAAGAUCCAUGUUUCUGACCAGGAGUUGCAGAGUGCCAAUGCCUCUGUUGAUGACAGCCGUCUUGAGGAGCUCAAAGCCACAUUGCCCAGCCCAGACAAGUUACCGGGAUUUAAGAUGUACCCCAUUGAUUUUGAGAAGGAUGAUGACAGCAACUUCCACAUGGAUUUCAUUGUGGCUGCAUCCAAUCUUCGGGCUGAAAACUAUGAUAUUUCCCCCGCAGACCGGCACAAGAGCAAGCUGAUAGCGGGGAAGAUCAUCCCAGCCAUUGCCACCACCACAGCAGCUGUUGUUGGCCUUGUGUGUCUGGAGCUGUACAAGGUAGUUCAGGGGCACCGACAGCUUGACUCCUACAAAAAUGGUUUCCUGAACUUGGCCCUGCCCUUCUUUGGGUUUUCUGAACCUCUUGCUGCACCUCGUCACCAGUACUAUAAUCAAGAAUGGACAUUGUGGGAUCGCUUUGAAGUACAGGGGCUGCAGCCUAAUGGUGAGGAGAUGACCCUCAAACAGUUCCUUGAUUACUUUAAGACAGAGCACAAACUAGAGAUCACCAUGCUGUCCCAGGGUGUGUCCAUGCUCUAUUCUUUCUUCAUGCCAGCUGCUAAGCUCAAGGAACGGUUGGAUCAGCCGAUGACCGAGAUUGUGAGCCGUGUGUCAAAGAGAAAGCUGGGCCGCCAUGUGCGGGCACUGGUGCUUGAGUUGUGCUGCAACGACGAAAGUGGCGAGGACGUCGAGGUCCCCUAUGUCCGAUACACUAUUCGUUGAUCUCCGCGCAUUCCCCGAAGCCCUAGCCCUCCGUCCCCAGAUCCCUUCCAGUCCUGCUUCCCAUUUGGCCGCUGGCAGUGGUCCAUCUAGCCAAGCCUGGUAUUCCCUUAUUACCCAGCAACCCGAGACCCUCUCACCACUGCUUUGUACCUUGUUUGGAACCUAAAUCCCAAUAAAAAGAUAAUAACCCAGA